GUAAAUGAAGUUAACUUGGCCUUGUCGCACGCCAGUCUGCUUCUGACAUUCGCGCGCCGCGCUCGAUCGCCGCUUUUAACGUCUGUGAUACUCCGUUGCUGUUGGCCAAAAAGGGCCAAAGUGCCGACAAGCGAAGCAAAGCGGCUUAGGUUCAAAAAUAAAUAUAUAUAGCUAUAUAUAUUUCUUCGAUUUUCGUGGAGCGAACUUGAGCUGGGAUUUUGGCAAACGCAAUGAAAACGAUAAAACACACAAUCGGCCUCCUACUGCUGGCAGCUUACCUUCCUUGCAUGUCCUGGGCAGCUCCUGCCCUGCACUUCAGUGACCCAGAGCCCGAUGAACUGGAGGCCUAUCCCACGUCGCCCAGCCAGGUGUUGCCCAUACAACCCGUGCUGAUUUACCCCAAGCCACGUGAGAAUCUCUACCAGGCGCGAACUUUAGCAGGACGAAAUGAUGACCAGGACAUCAUCUUCGUGAAGCUGCUGCAGGAUAAAUCGCAGGGCUAUCGGCCCAAGCAGCAACGUCUCGUCAUGGAGGAGACGAAGUCCUCGCAGCGCAAGAAUCUCGGCCUAAAGGACAUAUUCUAUGUGAAGGCGCUCACCAAUGGACGAUUUAGCCAUGAGCGACUGAAGGUUUACCGGGUGCCCGAGUUCUACGCCAUCAGUGUUUUUAGCAACGGUGAUAAAUGAGCAGAGACACCGGUUGUUGGCGAUAAAAAAGGAGUAAAAUAAGUUAUUUUUAAGAUGCUAUAAAUAAAUACCUCAGGAGUGCCCAAA